GGGUUCACGAGCGGAGGAAACCAAUCGCAGAUCUGCAUACCAAAAUUCCAACGAAGAUCAUCACACACCAUGGCCAUCCCCUUAGCUAAGCUUCUGAUCUCCGCCGUGGCGGUUUUCAUGCUCUUCUCCGCUUCGUUCGCGACCUCGGAAAUGCCGUUCAUGGUGGUUCACAAGAAAGCUACUCUCAACAGGCUCAAAUCUGGCGCCGAGCGCGUCCUCGUCUCCUUCGACAUCUACAACCAAGGAUCUGCGACGGCGUAUGAUGUGACUCUGGUUGAUAACACCUGGAUUAAGAAAACUUUUGAAGUUGUUAAUGGAAACACUUCAAGAUCAUGGGAGAGACUUGAUGCAGGAGGUAUUCUGUCUCAUUCCUUCGAACUUGAGGCUAAGGUUAAAGGACCCUUCUAUGGAGCUCCUGCUGUUGUUACUUUCCGCAUCCCCACUAAGACAGCUCUUCAGCAAGCCUACUCAACUCCAAUACUACCUCUAGACAUCCUCGCAGACAAACCUCCUACUGACCCGCUUGCCCUGGCCAAGAGGAUUCUGGCAAAAUAUGGAUCUCUUGUUUCAGUGAUAUCGAUGGUGGUUUUGUUCAUAUACUUGGUAGCUACACCUUCAAAGUCUAAUUUAGCAAAAGCGGGCAGCAAGAAGAAGCGCUAAGUUAGUGAGAUUAAGGCUAAGAAUGGUUGGUACGAUGUUUUUCUUUUUGUGUUUAGCAGUUAAAACACAGUUUGAAAACUUGUAAGAAACGUAGAACACACUUUCACUUUGUUGUUGAAGAGGACUAUGUUAAAGAGUUACUUUGGUUUUGCGUCAUAACAUCUUUUUGAGAGCAUA